AUGAACGGAUACAAAUUCGAAAAAACAGACGAAGCUUCAUUAUUUAUGUGUGAACAAAUAACAGACGAUCAAACAAUUAUCGUUGGUCCGUUUCGAUAUACGUGGUCUCAAUUUAAAUUGCAACAUCCUGAUUGGGUUUUCGAAUCGUUACUCAACGAUCAGGACUUAGAUCGACUACACGAAAAAUUUCUUACGAUUUGGACAAAAAUUGAUCGGGAUUUAUGUGGCAAAUAUGGGAUGAAUUUUGUAACCUACAACACUCAGAUGAUCAAUACACCUGAGUCAUACCACUAUAUUCUACUUCUCGACGGCUCUGGAUCAGUGGAUGGACAACCGUGGGGCCAUUUGAUAGCAGCAGUUAAAGAAUUUCUUCAACGUCGUUCCGAACUCGGCACAAAAGACCGUAUUACAAUAAUUAAAUUUACCCAUCGUACUGAACUUGAAUGUUUUGAUGAAGAAAUAAAAGACGUUAACGUUGAUAGAAUAGAAUUUAAAGGUGGAAAUACAAACUUCCGCAGUGCCUUUGAAAAAGUAAACGAUUGUAUUGCCCGUUCCAAAACAGCAGAUUCAAAAUAUGCAGUUAAAUCAUGA